AGUUUUUCUCAUACAAUCAUAUAACUCAAGUAACAUAAUGAAAUCGUACAGUUAAAUAAAUAUAAUUUCAGUAAUUUGUUUCGCUCCCUCAAUGACCAUCAAGUCAUUGCAAUCAACAAUUACAAGGUUCAUUCUGACAGAAUCCGCUAUUGCAAAAAGAUCAUUUCUAGGUGAGUAAAAAGUAUUUAAAUUUUAUUAUCAUUUAAAUUUGGAUUUAACAGCCUGUAUAACUUCUAUUUCAUAUUUUCAGGGUGUUUUCAACGUCGAGUGAUGUCUAGUGAUACUUCGAAAAAAAUUAAAGUAUCUAAAAUUAAAUAUAAGAAAAUAUACCAUUAUUUAAACUACGAAUAUCAUAUGUCGUUGUAGAUAUCAGUUGAGGGCAAUAUUGGCUGUGGAAAGUCCACUUUCCUCUCCUAUUUUGAUCGUUUUAGCUCUGUUAAAGUAUAUAUUACUUGCUUCCUAUAUUUUACUACUUUUAUCAACAAAAUAUUUAAUAUAGUCUGUAAGCGAACCCAUACACAAGUGGUGCAAUAUAAAAGGACAUAAUGGUCUUGAUCUUUUAUACAAGGACACUCAAAGAUGGUCUUUUACGUUUAAUUACUAUGCUUUACUAACGAGAUUGGAGGCUCAUCAAUUGGAAACGGUAGUUUUUGCAUAAAUAAUGAUUUGAUCUAAAGUCAUUACUAUAUUAUUAAAGAAUUCACGGGUAAUUCUGAUGGAAAGGUCUCUCUACAGUACAAGAUAUAUUUUUGUUGAAAAUAGCUAUAGAGAAGGAGAUCUAUCAGAUUUAGAAUUUAAUAUUUUAGAUGAGUGGUAUCAACAACUUGCCAAAGAUAAACGAAAUGACAUCGAUUUGCACGUAUACCUUCAAGCUUCACCGAAAGUCUGCUAUGACAGAAUUCUAAAACGGGAUAGAAGCGAAGAGAACACAAUAUCAUUAUCAUUUAUCGAAAAACUUCAUGAUCUACAUGAGGAAUGGCUUAUAACUAAAAAGGCUGAGGCCAGAGACGUUAUGGUUCGUGUGUUUCAUAAUCUACUAUAA